AUGGUGCUAGUGGGCGUGAUGCGGAAUAACUUGAUGCAGCUGCUGGAGAGCAAGCCGAAGCCGGCAAAGCGCGCGGCGCUGCGCCAACGGAAUAUCCUUACGCGUGCGGGUGCUUUGCGUGCAAACUACCUUGUCCUUCCUCCGUCUGCGGUCGCACAGCGGCGUGCGUUCUAUGCGCGCGUGCUGAAUGACGGCACGUAUCUCGAUCCCGAGGCGAAGGAGAAGAUUGAGCGCGAGAAGCGGCGCAAGCCCGACGAGAUGCCGGAGAUGAAUAACCCGUUCAACGAUCCGAAUACGAUGGACACCAUGAUCGAGCAUGCGAAGCGGAGCGCGGUGAUGAUGGUGCCGCAGACGCUGAUCAUGGGCUGGGUCAAUUUCUUCUUUACAGGCUUUGUGCUCAUUAAACUGCCGUUUCCUCUGACGCAGCGGUUCAAAGUUAUGCUGCAAAGGGAUAUUGAUACGCGGGAUAUGGACGUGUCCUGGGUCUCGUCGUUGAGUUGGUACUUUUUGAACUUGUACGGGCUCGACGCGAUUUAUCGACUUUUGCUCGGGAACAAUAAUGCUGCCGAUGGCUCGCGCGAUAUGGCGGCUAUGAAUCCGGCCAUGAUGAUGGGCGAUCAGAUGCCGGGGCAAGCGGUCGAUCAUGCAAAGCUGCAUGCGGCUGAAAGCGAUAGCCUCGAGCUGAUCGGCGCUGCGUCGCAGAACAAGCAUGUGCGCUGGGUCGGUGAUGGCGUGGAGGAUCGCGUGCUGGCCAUGUAUGCGUAA